AUGUCGCACCCGUCUAUAGUUACAAGACCGUCCGAGGAGCUCAAGCACUAUCGCUGUAAUCUGGCUGCCGUUCUGGACUCCCCCGACGUGGUGGGCUGGGCGGGCGCGCCCGGUGACACCCUCCGACCGGCCGUGGGCUUCUUCAGCCGAUGGGCGCGCGUCGACGACGACGGUGGUUCAUGCUACGGCGGAGACUGUGGCGACGGCGGCGACACUUCGGGAAGGCGCACGGCGACUCGCUGGCGGGACAGCCGCAGAGCGGGCGGUCGCCGGACGGUCGCCUUUGUCAACGGUGCCGAAGACUCGGCGUCUACCAGCGACCCAGGAAAGCCGCCGUUCAAGGGUCAGAAGAGUGAAGCAAAGAAGAGGCAUAAGUUUCUACAGAAGCCAAAAAUUGCCCAGGAUGUUGCACCGGAUGAUUUCGGCUCGGCUCUGUUUGGAUCUAGGGUGUCCCUGCGGACCCUGGCGCCCACGGCCCCGGAUGCGGCCUCGUUGCACACGACCGUGGCUGCUGCGACCGGCCCGCCCCUGGUGCCCUUCUUUCCACCGCGAUCGGUGCUGCGAGGCGGCUUCGGCCGCUACCAGGGCCCGCUGAGCCAGUGGCAGAUCAGCGCCGACAUGUACAUCGACAGCGACAUCCGCAAGAGGGGCCGGCGAAGAGUUGUGAGCCAUUCGUGCGGCGAGGCGAAGGCUCCCAUGGCACCAGUGGAGCGCGUGGAACGGCGGCCGGCCCGACCACCAGCCGAGCCCUGCCCUCGUCGCGAAGACGUGGAUCGCGAGAUGGGCCUACCGCGGCGCCGGCUCGUGCUCAAGGGACCGCUGCACGCCACAUCGUACGCGCACUGGUACUCGAGGGUCUUCAGCCCGGCCUCUUCGUCCAACGAGGACUGUUGAACAUCACGCCGUGUCCGCUGAACACUAACUCAAGUGAUCGACGAUGCGAGGAUAUCUGUAUACCAUCGAGGUGAACGUCCGUGCAAGCCGACCCUCCGCUACGGCUAUAAUUUAGAGAGCAUGACGGCUCUGUAAUAGAUACAUACUGGACAGCCUCAUAUCCUAACUGGACUGACCGCCCGAUAUCACGAAACGUCGUGGUUCGUUCCUAUUAUUCCUUUUCUUGAAGCAGUUGGCAACCACGAAGAAGUUCGUGGAACUCAGUGCCAGAUAGUCCAGGACCACAGUCCCUUUUGCAAAUGAGAAACUGUGACACUGUUAUAAAACACGAAUUUUGAAAGCAGUCGCUGCAAGAAGUUUAACCAAUGGAACGUUUGUAGAGAUCUGUGUUGUACACUGCUCGUUCGAUUCGCUAUUUCUUAGGGAACGAAGCUAACAGGACUGGCGUUGUUCAUGCUGACAUGAGAAGGGCACCUGCUGUCAUUUCUUCAAUGCUUAGGCCUAGCAGAGUUCAAAUUACAAUAGUAGCUGCCGUGACAUUUUGCAAUGUCAGUGUAGUUUGAAGGAAUAGACUAACUACACAU